AUGGAAUGGGUUGGAAUUGCAACUUUGAUUUUCGGUGGAUGUUGUUCCAACGUGUUCACUUUGGAGGCUAUUGUCAAGGACAUUCCCGAUUCGGGGUCACUGAUCACGUUUGUUCAGUUUCUGUUUGUGUCGAUUGAGGGUCUGUUUCACUUUGUGGACUUUUCACAGCCCUUUUUCCUCAAGCCCUCAAAGGCUCCUUACUCGCGAUGGACGGUAUCUGUGCUGUUGUUUUUCCUCGUUUCGGUUAUCAACAACUACGUGUGGAAGCUGCACAUUUCGGUGCCCUUGCACAUCAUUUUCAGGUCUGGAGGAACAGUUAUAACCAUGUUACUGGGGGUCAUCAAGGGAAAGAAGUACACCAGAGGACAAGUAUUGUCUGUAGCAAUACUGACGGUCGGAGUCAUUCUCGCCACCUUCUCGCAGGCACCUAAUAAAGACUCAAAGCAGAAGGCUACCACGACGCAGUUUGUGCUUGGAAUUGUGCUCCUUCUGGUCGCUGCUAUUCUGUCUUCGUUCCAGGGUCUGUUUUCCGAAGUGACAUACUCGAAAUAUGGAGGCAACUGGCGUGAAUCCUUGUUCUACACCCAUUUCUUGUCUCUGCCACUGUUUGCUCCAUUGGCAAGCGAUAUCAUUCGUCAAUUUGGCAGUGUAUGGGGAGCUCAUCCAAGACUCCACUUUGAGACUCUGGGCUACGACUUGCAUGUCUCCAGAGCCUUCAUGUGGCUCAUGCUAAAUGCGACGACGCAGUAUCUGUGCAUCCGAGGAGUCAACAAACUGAGCGGAGCCACCUCGGCUCUCACGGUUGGUAUUGUGCUCAACGUGCGCAAGUUUGUGUCUCUGCUGCUUUCGGUGGUGCUCUUUGGCAACUCGCUGUCCAGUCUAACCAUUCUGGGAACCGUGCUGCUGUUCAUAGGUGCUGGACUCUACUCUUUUGAGGGACGAAAGGCCGCCGAACGAGCCAAGUUGGCCAAGGCCGACAAGGACAAAUAA